AAUGAGGUGUCACAGAUAGGUGGCACUGAUAUGCGGCACUGAUUGGUGGCACUGAUAGGUGACACUGAUAAUGGGUACUGAUAGACAGCACUGAUAGGUGGCACUGACAUCACUGCUGGGCACUGACUGGCGGCACUGACUGGCAGCACUGCUGGGCUGCACUGAUGGGUGGCACUGGUGGGCACAGGUGGGUGGAACUGGUGGGCACAGGUGGGUGGCACUGGUGGGUGGCACUACUGGGCACAGGUGGGUGGGCACAGAUGGGUGGCACUGCUGGGCACAGGUGGGUAGCACUGCUGGGCACAGGUGGGUGCAUUGCUGGGCACAGGUGAGCGCACUGCUGGG